GCGCAGCCUUUCAGCCAGAGCUGCGGCCCGAGCGGCUGGGGGCUCCUCCGCACCCGGGCGUCUGAGCCCUCGUCCUCCCGCAGCCUUCUCCCCGGCUCGCUGCGCGCGCCCGCCAUGAGGCCGCUGCUCUACCGCUGCCACAACAUUACAUCAGUGGAGAGGGGUAACUCAGCGACUAUCGGUGGGGUGCUCUUUAGCGCGGGUCUCGUGGGCAACCUGCUGGCCCUGGGGCUCCUGGCGCGCUCGGGGCUGGGGUUCAGUCUGCCGCGCUCGCCACCCUCGGUCUUCUUCGUGCUGGUGUGUGGUCUGACGGUUACGGACUUGCUGGGCAAGUGCCUCGUGAGCCCUGUGGUGUUGGCCGCCUACGCGCAGAACCGGAGUCUGAAGGGGCUGUUGCCCGCGUCGGACACCUCACUGUGUCAAGCCUUUGCCUUCUUCAUGUCCUUCUUUGGCCUUGCCUCGACGUUGCAGCUCCUAGCCAUGGCGCUGGAUUGCUGGCUAUCUCUGGGGCACCCCUUCUUCUACCGACGGCACAUCACCCUGCGCCGGGGCGCACUGGUGGCGCCCGUCGUGGGUGCCUUCUGCCUGGUUUUCUGCUCCCUGCCCUUUGUGGGCUUCGGGGAGUUCGUGCAGUACUGCCCCGGCACCUGGUGCUUUAUUCAGAUGGUCCACGAGGACGGUUCGUUGUCGGUGCUGGGCUACUCGGUGCUCUACGCCAGCCUCAUGGCGCUGCUGGUCUUAGCCACCGUGCUGUGCAACCUGGGCGCCAUGCGCAACCUCUACUUGAUGCACCAGAGGCUGCGGCGGAGCCCGCGCUCAGGCACCAGGGGCCGCGUGGAGCCGGGCGCCGGCGAGAGGGAGGCGUCCCCACAGCCCCUGGAGGAGCUGGAUCACCUCCUGCUGCUGGCCGUCAUGACCGUGCUCUUCUCCAUGUGCUCCCUGCCUUUAAUUGGUCCACUUUCUCCCAUUAUGGAUUUAGAUGCUCAGCAGGCACUGGGGAAUGCAGUGGCAUCAAGAACAGGUGGCUGACAUUUGUGGAAUGGAAAGCAGUGGUGGUAGUGCUGGUCUAGAGACAGUGUUGGCCGAAUGGCAGGAAAAGCCGUGAGAUUCGUGCUUACUAUGGAGCAUUUAAAGCUAUCGAUGAGAAAAAUGGAACCUCUGAAGAAAUGGAAGACCUCCGAGCCUUGCGUUUUCUGUCUGUGAUUUCAAUUGUGGACCCU